UAAAAGCGGUCUAGCUUGAACAGUUGAGAGUUUGUUGUGUCCCCGGUGUAAAAAAACUCUGUAACCCUUCCAAUUCAAUUUUCUUUCGAAAUUUCAAUGUUCGUGCCAGUUAAACUCUUCCCAGAGAGGCAACCUUUAUCCGAUUCAAACCUGAUACUAACUGAACUCAAUUCUUUCUGAGCAGCUUAACUCAAUUCAUAUCUACAAAUGCUUACAAAUGAAUAGGGUCAUAGUCCCUAGUAUUUUAUACUGCAUUGCAUUCUAAAAAUAUGAUAUACCCUGAUAUGAUCACAAUGGGUCAUUCAAAUGAUUCUGGGAAUAGAAAAAUUGUGAGUGCUAGCUCCUCAACAGAACUGAGCAGAGACAAUGGAUAUGAAGAAGUUGAUCAGCAGGGACAGGAUCGUGAAGAACAAGAAGCAGAAACAGCAAGAGAUGAUGAUAGAGAAGAGCAUAGUAAUGGCGUUGAUGGAGAAAUGGAUAAUAAUAAAGAUGACUGGACCGAUGGUUAUGAUUAUGAUGAUGAAGAAGGGGACAGUGGUAUGGAAGAUGAUGAUGAACAAGAAGAGGAGGAGGAUGAAUGUUAUAUCACUGGUAUUUCAUUAGAUGAAACAGAGCAUGGGAUUAGUUUCGCCAGUGAGCCCAUAGUAGAGUAGGACAUAAACACUGAAGAUGAACAUGAUGUUGGUCAUUGGGCACAAGAAGAUGAUGAAGAAGACGAGCAAGAAGAUGAUCUCAAAGAGCAAGAUGAUGGUUAUGAAAGCAGUCCCAGCACUAGCUAUGUUAAUAGCACUAGUAGUUCAUCAAUUGAAUCUUCGACAUAUAAUGACAUAAGCAGAGGAGAUGGUCAAGAAACAGAUCAACAGAGGCAAGAUCAUCAAGAAGAAGAGGAUGAUGAUGAAGAAGAAGUAAAUAGGUAUGAUGCAGAAGAGGAAAAUGCUCAAGAUGAAGAAGAUGCAGCAGUUUAUAUAUUAGUGGUACUUCAACUAAUGUUGGAAACAAUUUUACUUGGGCUGCUGAGUCACCAACAAAUAGACAUAUUAGUGGUUGUUCAUCACAUGUUGAGAUUAGGGAUACUUGCGCUACUGUGUCACCAACGAAUUGACAUAAAUAGUGGAGAUGAUCAAGAAUUAUAUGAGCAGAGAGAAGACCAUCAACAAGAAGAUGAUGAUUUGCAAUUUGAAGAAGAAAUAUAUGAUGCAGAAGAUGAAGAAGCAGACACUCAAACAGAAGAAAACGAUGAGCAAGAAAAUAAUAGCAAUCAAGCAAACCCCAGCAAGAGCAAUGUAGAUAUCACUGGAAGGUCAUCUUAUCAUAUUAUGAGAGGAUUUUUUGUCUUCUGACUUCUCAAUAAGUGAAAACCUAAAUAAUGGAAAUGAGCAUGGAGGAGAUCAGCGAGGAAAAGAUCUAUGUCAAGAAGAAGAAGAUCAUGCAGAAUCGAAUGGUGGAAAAGAAAAUGGUAAACAUGGAAGAGGAAUAACAGAAAAUGAGCAAGAAGAUGAUGUUGAUAGUAAGGAAAAUGAUGAUAAGGAAGGUAAACAGGAAUAUGAUUAUACCACUAGUGAUGAUGGAGGAAAAACAGAAAAA